AUGGGGUCGGGCGUGGGCUCGUCCUGUGAGAUCCUCAGCUUCCAGUGGCUGCUGUUGUUUGGCCUGCUGGGUCCAGUCCUCGGCGGGGCGCAGCGAGGCUUCCAACAGACCACACAUCUCUCUUCUUAUGAAAUUAUAACUCCUUGGAGGUUAACUAGAGAACGGAGAGAAGCACCUAGGCCCAAUUCAAAACAAGUAUCUUAUGUCAUUCAGGCUGAAGGAAGAGAACAUAUUAUUCACUUGGAAAGGAACAAAGACCUUUUGCCUAAAGAUUUUGUAGUUUAUACCUACAACAAGGAAGGGGCUCUGAUCUCUGACCAUCCUGAUAUACAGAAUCACUGUCAUUAUCGGGGCUAUGUGGAAGGAGUUUAUAAUUCAUCCGUUGCUCUUAGCAACUGUUUUGGACUCAGAGGAUUGCUGCAUUUAGAUGAUGUGAGUUAUGGGAUUGAACCCCUGCAAAACAGUACUCUUUUUGAGCAUAUCUUUUAUCGAAUGGAUGAUGUCAACAAAGAGCCUCUGAAAUGUGGGGUUUCCAACAAGGAUGUAGAGAAACAAAUCACAAAGGAUGAAGAGGAAGAGUCUCCAAACAUGACCAAGCUACUUCGAAGAAGAAGAGCUAUCCUGCCCCAGACCCGAUAUGUGGAACUAUUCAUUGUAGUAGAUAAGGAAAAGUAUGACACAAUGGGGAGAAAUCAGACUGCUGUGAGAGAAGAGAUGAUUCGUUUAGCAAACUACUUAGAUAGCGCACUAAGGAAGAAGGGUUUUGGUGGGACUGCAGGAAUGGCAUUUGUGGGAACAGUGUGUUCAAGGAGCCAUGCAGGCGGGAUUAAUGUGUUUGGGCAAAUCACUGUUGAGACAUUUGCAUCCAUUGUUGCUCAUGAGCUGGGUCAUAACCUUGGAAUGAAUCAUGAUGAUGGGAGAGAUUGUUUUUGUGGAGCAAAGAGCUGCAUCAUGAAUUCAGGAGCAUCAAUUUCACUCCCACCAGUUCAUAAAACUCCUUUUUUUGAGGUCUACAGUGGCCACCACAUUGCUAAAUCCAAUAAUGAUUUCUCAAGCCUCCUCUUACUUGACCUCUUAGCAGCAUCUGAUGCAGAAUGUGAAUUGGACCCUUGUUGUGAAGCACGCACUUGUAAGCUUCAAUCAGGUGCUGAAUGUGCAUAUGGUGACUGUUGUAAAAACUGUUUGUUCCUUCCAGGAGGGACUUUAUGCCGAGGAAAAAGCAGUGAAUGUGAUGUUCCUGAGUAUUGCAAUGGCUCUUCUCAGUUCUGUCAGCCAGAUGUUUUUAUUCAGAAUGGAUAUCCUUGCCAGAAUAACAAAGCCUAUUGUUACAAUGGCAUGUGCCAAUAUUAUGAUGCUCAGUGUCAAGUCAUCUUUGGCUCAAAAGCCAAGGCUGCCCCAAGAGAUUGUUUCAUUGAUGUGAAUUCUAAAGGUGACAGAUUUGGCAAUUGUGGGUUUUCUGGCAAUGAAUAUAAGAAGUGUGCCACUGGGAAUGCUUUGUGUGGAAAGCUUCAGUGUGAGAAUGUACAAGGCAUGUCUAUAUUUGGAGUUGUACCUGCUAUUAUUCAAACCCACCAUAGAGGUACUACAUGUUGGGGUGUGGACUUCCAGCUAGGAUCCGAUGUUCCAGAUCCUGGGAUGGUGAAUGAAGGCACAAAAUGUAAUGUUGGGAAGAUCUGUAGAAACUUCCAAUGUGUAAAUGCUUCUGUUCUGAAUUACGACUGUGAUAUUCAAAAAAAGUGUUAUGGACAUGGGGUAUGUAAUAGCAAUAAGAACUGUCACUGUGAAAAUGGCUGGGCUCCUCCAAAUUGCGAGACUAAAGGAUAUGGAGGAAGUGUGGACAGUGGACCCACAUACAAUGAAAAGAAUACUUCACUGAGAGAUGGACUUCUGGUGUUCUUCUUCCUAAUUGUUCCCCUUAUUGCAUUUGCUGCUUUUGUCUUCAUCAAGAGAGAUCAAUUACAGAAGAGAUGCUUCAGAAAAAAGAGAUCACAAACAUAUGAAUCACAUGACAAAAAUCAAGGAAAUGAUUCUAGACAGCCAGUGAGUGCCCCUCGCUUUGUUUCUCCAGUGAUUCCUCCCAGAGAAGCUCCUGUGUAUGCAAAUAGAUUUCCAGUACCAACCUAUGCAGUCAAGCAACCUCAGCAGUUCCCAUCAAGGCCACCUCCACCACAACCGAAAGUAUCAUCUCAGGGAAAUUUAAUUCCUGCUCGACGUGCUCCUGCACCUCCUUUAUAUAGUUCACUUACUUGAUAUUUUCACCUUCUUUUUGCUGAUGUCUUCAGGGAACUGAGCUAAUAAUAUAUAUUUUUUUCCUGAUGUUUUCAUAAUAAACUUUUCU